AAAAUUAUUUAUUUUUAGGCUAAGUGUAAUUUAAGACAUCCACCAGGGAAUGAAAUAUAUAGGAAGGGAACAAUUUCUUUCUUUGAAAUUGAUGGACGAAAAAAUAAAGUUUAUGCUCAAAACCUUUGUCUUCUAGCCAAAUGUUUUUUAGAUCAUAAAACAUUAUAUUAUGAUACAGAUCCAUUUCUGUUUUAUGUGAUGACUGAAUGUGAUAAUAGAGGUUUCCAUAUUGUCGGUUAUUUCUCUAAGGAGAAAGAAUCAACUGAAGAUUAUAAUGUAGCCUGCAUUCUGACACUCCCACCUUAUCAAAGGAAAGGAUAUGGGAAAUUGUUAAUUGAAUUUAGUUAUGAGUUAUCUAAAUUUGAAGGUAAAACAGGUUCUCCAGAAAAACCUUUGUCCGAUCUAGGAUUAUUAUCAUAUAGGAGUUAUUGGUCUGAAACGAUAUUGGAAAUAAUGGUGAAUUUGAAGCCUGGGGAAGGUGGUGAACGUCCUCAAAUCACUAUAAAUGAAACAUCGGAAUUAACUAGCAUUAAAAAAGAGGAUGUUAUAUCAACUCUUCAGUACCUGAAUCUCAUAAAUUACUAUAAAGGUCAAUACAUCAUCACCUUAACCAAAGAUGUAAUAGAAGCAUAUCAACGUGCUGCGGCCAAGAGAAUCGUUCGGAUCGAUCCAAAAUGUCUACACUGGACUCCUAAAGAUUGGUCAAAAAGAGGAAAAUGGUGAAAAUAAUAUAUUUAGUGCACAAAAGUUCUUUGCAUCAUUUGAUCUCAUUUUCAUCAUAAGACUAAAAUCUUCAGGUUCUUUGUUGCAAAGUGACUAAUUUGCAGAAUUAGUUGACAUUACAUUCUGUGUAUAAAUGCCAAAAUCAUUUAUAGUAAGUGAGGACUACUUCAUCUGUAAAUAGUUUCCGAAUUCUGUAAAGUUUCAUCUUUUUGGUUCCCAUCAUUCCGACCGAGUACGAUCACGACAGAAACCAUUUUCCGAUGUCACUUCUUGCAUAUUUAAAAAUGGCACAUACGAAGAGGCAGAAGAAUAUGGUUCUUCUUUGAAAUCAGAAUGUCGUAACUUUGACUUAAAAAAAAAAUGUUAACUCUUACUAUAUGAAUUUUGACUUGAAUGAAUGAAUUAAAAAUGUGUAAUAAAGGAAUUUUUUUUAUAGAAGAAUUGUAUUUAUAAAUAGAAGCUUAAGAUUUGCAUGACAGAACAGUUUUGUUGUCAGAUGAUCAUAUAUACAUUAAGGGAUUCAUACCUCACAAUUGUCAGAUCAGUUCAAAUCCACUCAUCACUAAGAUGGCCAUGCAAUAUCAAUCUACCAAUAUAGUGAUCUGGAUUCAAAUCCAGUUCAGACUAGGUAGUUUGGACCAAGGCAUCAGUCUCCAUCUCACUUAUGCUGACUAUUGCAUAUCUGAUCUGCCCAUAAUGAGUGAAAUUGUGAACAGCCUUGUAGAUUUUAAGAUUAUAGUGUUUUAUACUGUUGCCAGUUAAUUAAAUCUAAUUCAAAUCCUCAUUAUUUUUAUUGGUUUUUACAAUUUAUUCGU